AUGAAGCUAGUGCGAUUUCUCAUGAACAUACCGAACUCGACGAAUCAACCAGUCACGGUGGAGUUGAAGAAUGGCAAUAUCGUUCACGGCACGCUUUUAUCGGCAAACCCUCAGAUGAAUCUAAACUUGAAGAACGUGAGACUUCAACAGCUUUAUCAGGACCCAAUCUUGCUCCAAUUCAUCAACAUCAGAGGAAACCAGAUAAGGCAAAUCUUGCUACCUGAUGAUUUAAACAUCGAUGCCGUUUUGGACAAGUCGCAGACCAAGAUUAAAGGUCAUGGGGCUGGGCCGAGCGCGAAGCAAGUAACGGCAAGAGGCGCAAGAGGAGGCGCACGAGGAAGCGGAAGAGGAAGAGGAAGAGGCCGGGGACGGUAA